GCCGAUGUUAGCCUGCUCAAACCAUACCACAACCGUGCCCCCAGUGUUCCUUACAACGAGGAAUUGUGCAUUGAACCAGUCUGGAAGCUGACUGAGUCUUCUCCCGCCAACGAAUCCAUGCCACCUGUGGUCAAGAUUCAUCGAAACGUGACCAUCUACUUCGGUCAGAAAUAUUCCAUUUCCAAAUUGGGUUUCAUUGUCUCCUCGCUGAGCGAUCCUGUGUCAGAUAUCACUAUUCAAUUUGGAGGACCAAAGUCAAUCGAUAAAGUGGUGAAUUUAGACAAGGAUUGUACAUUACAAAGUGAACCAGUUCGAAUGCACGUGUGCGAUAGGACCGAUUUGUCUGGACACCCUUUCACCAAUGUGACGGUGGACGCAAGGGGGCUGGUUCGAUUUCACGUAUUCGGAAUGCCAUUCUAUUAUCCAAAAGUCGGAUUGCUCGCCUCGGAGAAGACUGCUGAUCCGGCACUCCGUGACCAUUUGGAAUUGAAGUGUAUGGCCUUCUCGUGUGGGUCUAAUGCUUUGAGCAAAUUGGAGGCCCUUGCUCUCAAGCAAUCGGGUCUUGAAUGUACUCGUUAUGGCCGUAUCGUUCAAUGUAAGAAUCUGGAUUUGGUGCGGAUUCACCAACCUAUGGAAGAUGGUCAAACACUAAUACCCGAUACGAUUCUGGUCAGCGAAGGGCAAAUUUUGCCCGAUGUUUCGCAAAUUAUGACUGAAAUGGAGCUGUUGCAAGCAUCAACUGAUAGGCUGUUUGUCAAAUUUCCACGAACGCACCCUUACUUCGGGCAAUACAAAUGCCGUUGUCACGCAGAUGAUGAACUCUCUUCCAUUGUUGAAUCAGAACAAACCUCGCUGAAUGCGUCGGAUUUUGAUCGAGAUUUAGUCUUUCAAAGGAAUUACACAGCAGUCGUUGAAGAUCAACCGAUAGAUGCCAUACUUGGUUUUUUGGAGAUCCCGCACGACCCACCAGUCAGCUUUUUCAAACUGGUUAUCAGCGGUCACAGUUUGACUGACAAAUUGGAUUUGAACGCGACAUUUCUAGAAAAUGGCCAGUUUACCUCUAUGGGAGGUGAAUAUGCAAAAACUGUUCAACUGCAGGCUUUUCCCAGGACAAUGGGUGCCACUUAUGCUUGGCCAAUCCCGGCCUAUCGAAUGGAGCUGCAAGACGCUUGGCCAGACUGCGUGGACGGGGAACCAACAUGGAUCGAGUGGAAGACCACCGAUGACGCUAUGCCACACCGCGUGGUAAGGGACCAGCUGCGAACUAUCGUUCUUUCUCCUUCCAAUGAGGGCACCAUACGAGCUUGGGUUUGGCAAAACGAUAUGCAGUUGCUGGAUAUUCGAGCUUACUACCAAAGCCGACAUCAAACGGAUCAUGAUGCAAAGGAGGUAUACUUACAGAAGUCUUCCUGCGUCGCUGGAGCCAGUCCCGAACGCGUGGCGUGGGCCAAAAUCCAAGAUAAUGAAUGCGUGACGGGUGGAAUGCAGUUGACACCUGAAUGUGUGCGCACGCAGUCCGGUUUUGCCAUUCGGUUCAACGUUCAGGAACCUUCAGCCUCCGAUUCGUACACACUGUAUCAGACCGACGCAGGCGACGAUCCUGAUAGACAGCUGGCCAAGGCAGCGAAUCCAGUGCAGAAUCUUCAAACGGAAUUAGACGCAGCGGAUGUGACCUUGAAUAUCGUAGCAUUAUCAGACAGUGAAAAUGCCAAUGAAUCACAAAUGGAGUUAGCCGUGAUCGUCCAAUCGAAAGUCCUCGUGGACAACAGCGCCUGUCACCGAAUGCUUGUUGCCCUGGACCCCACUUGGUCCUUUCCUCAACGACUAGAGAAUCCGCUGACUACUGCGGAGACAUUGUUCACUAUUUCGGUUCCAAACGAUUUGAAGCUACUCACUAUGGAAUUAGAGUUACGAGUUGAAGCUUCGGAUGACACCAAGUCCGACCUAGUGACCAGACGAUCGUUAACUGUGGCCAAUCCUCGUGGUUAUGAAAUUAACUUGAUGGUGAUGGAAUCUGAGGGAUUGAUCAAGUGGCCUGCGAUUCCCUCAUCGUUUCACCAACUUUUGGACAAGUAUGAAGUUGAAGUUUUUAACGAGUACAGCGUCUGCGGGGUUCUCAGUAAACUGGACAACCCAGAAGUGCAACAGGAAUUACGAUCUGCGGAAGGAACACCGUUAUACAAAGUUUCCCUGGGCGAAUAUCCCGAGUUCAUGUCGCCCCUGAAGCAACGCUACGUGGUAAAAGUGACUCCUGUGUUUAAAAGCAAGCAGUCCGACGGAACAAUCAGAGGAAAAACGGUCGAAACGGAGUUGAUGCGAGGGAGUCUAACUGAGACUACUUUGAAAACUGAUCAAUCAGUGUCUAGUCGCACAGCUCGAGUCUAUGUGAUUCCAAGUCAACCAGCUCCUUGCCUUCGCAAUAAUCCGUUAAUGACUGCUGAAUUUGAUCUUCGGCUAAUCGGAGAGGAUACGGCCAAGCCUGAUUACCUCAAACAAGUCAUCUUCGAACCCGACACACUUGAGAAACAACUGGACUACGGUCGAUGGUACACUGUACAAAACUUGCAACCAGGACGGAGAUACGAAAUUAACGCAACGGUGCACUACCCGAAGGGGUUGUCUGAUGAACCCUCGACCGCCGUACUAUUCUGGACUGCGGAUGAGGUGCGGAUCUCUGUGCAAGAUGUAUUCGCCUCUCCCGAGGAGUACGUUGCCAUCAAUUGUUCUGGAGUAGUGGGGACGAGUGGUCCAUAUCAGAAGCGUUUGGAAUGGAAACGGAACGAUGGGACACCCAUUCCUGAUGGUGCCUCUGUUGAAGUGGUUUCCACUGCGACGUCUGAAAACAAUUGGACGGAAAUUGUGAGUCUGCAAUUCGACCGAAUCGAGCCGGGACAAGCAGCCACGUAUGCGUGCUUCGUUAGACCUUCAGUAAUGGAAGUACUUGGAAAACCGGACUCACCGCCCACUGUUCGAUUGGUUAUUAGUGAGUUGGAGUUGAACGAAGACUCCCGUGUAGCAGCGGGUGGUGAAAAUGUUGUAGUUACGUGCGAGACGAAACAAUCAAGUGAGCUCGUUUGGAUCGCACCCUGUGGCCGUAUCAUUCCCGGCGAGCCGCACGAAAGCAAACCAUACGCGAUCCAUAAAAGUUCCCUCGAGUCAGGCACCUCAUCGAUUCUGCACAUUCCAAGCGCAAAAUUCGAAGACACAGGGGAUUACGUUUGUUCCGAGAAAGGCAGCAAUUCAAGUCGGAUCUUCCGACUACGAAUGAAUGAAGUUGGGUCGCAUGUCCUUUUCAUUACAGAAAUACACAUCGAACAGGACAAGGGCAGUUCCAGAAAAGCCAAUUCUCGUUUACAUUUACGCUGUGAAGCAACAUUGGGUGAAAUGGGGCAGCACGUAUCAUGGUAUCGGCGGCAAACGUCAACUGCACCUUGGGAAUCGAUCAAGCGGCUGAUGGACGAAGAUGCUUCAGUAUCGGUAAACAGUGAACCCGCUGGUAAUCAGCGAAACAUACUGUCUUCACUUCAACUGACCAAUACACCUGGAACUAGUGGGGAGUUUGCGUGUGUUAUCGAAUCACGUACUGAUAACAAGGAGGAUGAUGAUAGUGGCACUGCGGCGGAGCAAGUACAUCAGAUUCCAGGACCAAGCGCUAGCAUGGAAAUUGCCUAUGAACCAGUGCUGGACAUCGAACAAAUUGACAAUCAAGGACAUCCAGAAACAGUGCUUCGGUGCAAUGGCUACCCAGCCCAUGAAUCCGAUCGGCUACACUGGAUUUUUCUACCUCCAGGUGAAGGGGAAGACAAUGCUGUUCUGAUUGGUCCGUCUGCACAAACGAUCAAUAAUGUCGAUGAAUCGACAAUGGCAGCCAUUCGAGCGACUUUUCGUCUCGGUGACAGCGCUCCGGCCACUUGGCCUGGUGCAUCGGGCCCCUUAAUGUUGGCAGCCUCCAAGUCGAUUGUAUCCCAAGAGGAUGAAGCUACCUCAUUCACUCCAGAACGUUUGGAGCUGUUCAUCACCAAGGACCCGGAGCGCGGCCUGGACGAAAGGAUUCGUGACGGAUCACUGGUGUGUCAGUAUCGACGUCCGGAAGCGGUUAUUCUCAUGAACGAAGGAGUGCCUGUAAUAGCGCUACGGAAAUACGAACCAGACGCACACGUGAUCAUGGCAGAAGAGAUCGUUCCAGUGAAAGAAUUAUCUAAUAAGUACUCCCAUAAAGUUGCUUUGUCGGGAUCUGGGCUGAGCGCCAUAUCACAAGAAGGUACAGAAAACGUUGCAUCCCUUCGAAGCACACUCUCCCGACAAUGGAGCCUAAUCUACCUGAUUUUAUUCCGAUUUCUUUGGUAUUUGUGAGUACUGUCAUUUACUUGCUUGUCCCCCUUUGUCAACACCGCGUGACCUGUACUCAUUGCAUAAUUGACAAUCGCUUGAAUUCCGGCACGUUCACAGCCCACUCCAUCGGAAGAUUUUGUUUCACACCGUUGGCAUCCUUCUGAUCCACCGUUUUCCUGGUACACAAAAGUUCCAUUGUCAGGCAACUUUGCCUCAUCAAAUCGGAUCUAGAUUUAUUCAUGUAGUGUCCGUCGUCAAUUACCUGGCUUUUCAGUCAGUGACCAUUUAUUUGUCCUACACAUGUAUUCGCUUCGAGACGACAAGUAUACAUGCCAUUUUCCUUGUGAUCUACAUCGUCAUAAUGUGGGAUUGUUCAAACCGUCUUCGCACCUGACUAAGCGAUAUCUGUCCACGUUAGAACAUCUCUUCCCCUAUUUUGAUGAGACUUUCCAACAAAAACAUGAUUAUUCCACCUUGAUGUCCCUGUGGUAGUAUUUAGGCAAUUACACCUGCCACCACCUGCUUUUGUCAUUUCCAGUUCCCCUGCCUUUUUAUGUCAUCAUUUCCACCCUUUCAUGUUGGUUAUUCUGCCGGCGUUGUUCUGCUCCAAAUUGGGUUUCAAGUCCGCUUUCGAUUUUUACUUUCGCUCUCAUGAUUUGUACAAAUUACUAUGAUAGGCAGACAAAUACAUAACUACUC